GUAAUGUUCAUACCGCUGGGGUGUAAACCGCCCAAGCGAAAUAUGAAGUGCUGUGUGUACCUCCAUGUUGCGCUGGGCCUCACUCUGACAAUGGAGGAGGCCCAGGACAGAAAGAUCAGGGUGGGAGUAAAAACGCUGAGCAGCCGGGAGAUCACGUAGGUCUGCGCAGACCGAGCGGAGGUGUUCAGCGAAAUGAUCGCCGAUGCUGCGCUUGGUCUCGCCGAUAUACAGGAGUCCACACCUGAAACAGCGGACUGGUACGAGGUUACCGGAGUGGCAUCACGGAUAGAUAGAGUGGCCAAAAAGGUCCUUGGGACAUUGGCCUUCAUUGAUCAGGGUAUUGAGUAUAGAAAUUGGGACAUUAUGUUUCAUUUGUACAAGAUGUUGGUGAGGCUGCAUUUGGAGUACUGUAGAUAGACACAAAAUGCUGGAACAACUCAGCGGGACAGGCAGCAUCUCUGGGGAGAAGGAAUGGGUGACGUUUCAGGUUGAGACCCUUCUUCAGACGCAGACUGGAGUACCGUGUUUUAGUCACCCUGCUGGAGAACGGAUGUCAUUAAGCUGGAAAGGAUGCAGAGAAGGUUUAAUAAUAAGUUUAAGUUUAUUGGCCAAGUAUUCACAUACAGUGAGUUUGCCUUGGUGCUUCGCCCGCAAGUGACAACAUGACAUACAAUGACAGUUAGGAAUGACACAUAAAACAUUAAACAUUACAAGGAUGUUGCCAGGACUCAAGGGUCUGUGCUAUAGGGAAAGGUUGAGCAGGCUAGGACUUUAUUCCUUGGAACGCAGGACACUAUGGGGUGAUCUUACAGAGGUGGAAAAAUCGCGAGGGACCUCCAGAAAAUAACCUAAAGCGAAACAAUUUACCCCGACAGAAAAUUAUGAACCAGAGGACAUAAAUUUAAGCAACAUGAAUAUCUUGGCAGUGUUUCUGCUCCUCCAUUUGGCACAAACAAUUCUCGGCCAAGGUGCAGAUCAGCGGCCCAACUAUGUAAUUUUCAUGGCCGAUGAUCUCGGUAUUGGAGACCUAGGAUGUUACGGAAACACAACUCUCAGGACCCCUCAUAUUGACAGCCUGGCACAUGAUGGAGUGUUGUUGACCCAACACAUUGCUGCUGCGUCACUCUGUACCCCGAGCAGAGCUGCCUUUCUGACGGGCAGAUAUCCAGUCAGGUCAGGGAUGGCCUCCUUCAGCAGAAUCGGUGUAUUUCUCUUUACUGCUGGGUCAGGAGGACUCCCCACCAACGAGACCACCUUUGCCAAACUGUUGAAAGGACAAGGCUAUUCCACUGCCUUGAUUGGGAAGUGGCACCUUGGUUUGAAUUGUGAGGCCAGCGGUGACCACUGCCACCAUCCAGCCAACCACGGCUUUGACUACUUCUACGGCCUGCCGCUGACCAACAUGCGCAACUGCAAGCCCAACAGCGGCGACAUCUUUGUGGCGGGGGCUCGGAGGGCCGUCCGCGCGGCGGUGCAGCUCGUCACCCUGGCGCUCUUCACCUUGCUGCUACUCGACUACCUGGCUCUCCUGACCGUCCCCUGGAGAGCUCUCGGCUUCGUCUUGCUGGCCGCCGCUCUGCUGAUCGGCGCGGUCGUGCUCUUCCUGUCCCAGUUUCGCCAACUCAACUGCAUCCUGAUGCAGAAUGACAAGAUCAUUCAGCAGCCCUUUACGUUUGACAGCCUGACGCAGAGACUGACCAACCAGGCCACGAGCUUCAUGGAGCGGAAUUUGGGCCGUCCGUUCCUGCUCUUCACAUCCUACCUGCACGUCCACACGGCACUACAUGCUUCUCAGGAGUUUUUGGGGAAAAGCAAACACGGUUUGUACGGUGACAGUGUGGAGGAGAUGGACUGGAGUGUAGGAGAAAUCCUGGCUUCAUUGGAAAGGCUGAAUCUGAGUCAGCGGACUCUGGUCUACUUCACUUCAGACCAAGGUGCCCACGUUGAAGAGAUUUCUGACGAGGGUGAGAUGCAUGGAGGAUGGAACGGCAUCUACAAGGGAGGAAAAGCCACAAACUGGGAAGGUGGUAUUCGGGUUCCAGGUCUCCUCCGAUGGCCUGGAGUUCUGGCAGCGGGCAAGGAAAUCCAUGGGCCGACCAGUAACAUGGACCUCUUCCCAACAAUUGCCAAGCUGGCCGGAGCCACAAUGCCAAGCGACCGGAUAAUCGACGGUCGGGACUUGAUGCCUUUGCUCCGAGAUGAAGCACUGUGGUCAGAACACGAGUUUCUCUUCCAUUACUGUAACGGCUACUUAAGUGCUGCUCGCUGGCAUCCGAGGAACAGCUCCGCAGUUUGGAAGGUCCAUUUCUUCACCCCCAACUUCUACCCAGAAGGGUCGCAGGGUUGCUUCGACACGCAUGUUUGUCUCUGCUACGGACGGGAUGUCAGCCACCACAGCCCACCCCUCCUUUACGACCUGCUGGGAGACCCCGGGGAGACCCGACCACUGACCCCCGCCUCUGAACCCCGCCACCAGCGCAUCUUGGAGGUGAUCUCCUCCGCAGUGGAGGACCACCGGAGGACCCUGGGGCCAGUCCCCGAUCAGCUGUCUGUGGGUAACCUGGUGUGGAAACCCUGGCUCCAGCCCUGCUGUAGUAGCUCCUGGCAGCUCUGCCACUGUGACCACCGGGAAGGGGGCAAGAGUACCCCGCGGGACGGGGAUUCCCCAUCCCAAACCCCAGCUUGACUUGCUCCGUGAUCCAUGCCACGGUUUGCGUGCUUCCCACGGGUGUUGAGCCUUGGCCUGCUGUGUCAACCCUCGCUUCCUCUGCCACCUCCUCCAUUCCCUCCUCUCUUUCCACCACUUUCCAUUCCCCCUCUCUCCUUCCUCCUUCUCUGACUCCCUCGCUUUCUUCCCCCUCUUCCUCCACACCUCCCUUCAUUGACCAUCCGACUCCCCUUCCUCCAUCCCUCUCUUCAUCUCUCUCUACAUGCAUCUCUCUCCGUCCUUCCCCUUUCUCCCCGUCCUUCCUCUCUCUUCAUCCCCUCUUUCUCUCUGUACCCUCUUCUCCCUGCCCCCCCUUCUCACUGGCCGCCCUCUCUCUCACUGACCCCCCUCGCUCCCCCCUUUCUUUCUGUCCUCCCUUUCAUUCCUCUCCUUCUCUCCACCCCUCCCCUCCUUCUCUUCACCCCUCCUUCUCUCUGCCCCGCC